UUAGGGUUAGGGUUUGCCGCUUUAUUUGUGACCGGCCUUUUCGCUGUCGCAGAGCGAGAGCGAAGAGAAGAGGAGGAAAGCGGAGACCAGUCCAUCCCCCGAUCCUCUGCAGCCAUAGUGAAGUAUUCGAGAGAACCGAACCAUCGAUUAAGUGAUCUGGACUCGAGUUUAUAGGACCAUUGAACCAGAAACAGGCCUGGACCUAACCCGUCUAUGCCUAGGUCAGUGGCAUAAUAGAGGCGGCGAUUUUUCAGGAGGAGAUCGAUCACGAUUAUAAAAAGGCCGCAUUUUUGGGCGCAUUGCGAUUGAGAAGCGAGGGGGUUUUAGAGACGGCGGCGGUGUUCGGAGGGGGUGAGAGUUUUUGCGGUACUAUCUUCCCCCCCUAAAAACAAGAAGAUGGCUUCGGGCGAUAACGAGCAGGCUCACAAGGCCCAUCGGUCCCGGCAGUCCGGUGCUUCUGCGAAGAAAAAAUCAGACAAGAAGAAGAAGAACCAAGAAUCUUCCGAUGCUGAAAAGAAGCAAAACCCUAAGGCAUUUGCUUUUAAUUCAUCAGCAAAGGCCAAACGUUUACAAUCCCGUGCUUCGGAGAAAGAACAGCGCAGGCUUCAUAUCCCAACAAUCGAUCGUUCAACUGGGGAACCAGCUCCAUUUGUCGUUGUCGUGCAUGGGCCACCAAAGGUUGGGAAAUCUCUUCUGAUAAAAUGUCUUGUAAAGCACUAUACUAAACAAAAUUUACCUGAAGUUCGAGGUCCAAUCACCGUUGUAUCAGGAAAACAAAAAAGAGUACAGUUUGUAGAGUGCCCUAAUGAUAUAAAUGGUAUGAUAGAUGCUGCAAAAGUUGCUGAUCUUGCAUUGUUGCUAGUUGAUGGAAGUUAUGGUUUUGAGAUGGAAACUUUUGAGUUUCUUAAUAUUAUGUCAGUUCAUGGAUUCCCAAAGGUUAUGGGAGUCCUUACACAUCUCGAUAAAUUCAAGGAUGUCAAGAAACUGAGAAAAACUAAGCAGCGUCUCAAGCAUCGCUUUUGGGCUGAAAAAGAUGGGGCAAAACUUUUCUAUUUAUCUGGUCUAGUUCAUGGAAAAUAUCCUAAACGUGAAGUUCACAAUCUUGCUAGAUUCAUUUCAGUUAUGAAAGAUCAUCCUUUGUCAUGGCGAUCUUCGCAUCCGUAUAUAUUGGCAGAUCGUUUUGAAGAUGUUACUCCUCCUGAAAGAGUGCAUAGGGAUAGUAAAUGUGAUAGAAACAUCACAUUGUAUGGUUACCUUCGAGGUUGUAAUAUGAAGAGAGGUACCAAGGUGAGGAUCACAGGCUUUGCCUGGUUGGUUGCUGGGUUGACUGGUCUGGCUGAUCCUUGCCCUUUGCCAUCAGCUGCCAAAAAGGGACUUCGAGACAAGGAAAAACUUUUUUAUGCGCCUAUGUCUGGUCUUGGGGAUCUUCUCUAUGACAAGGAUGCUGUUUAUAAUAUAAAUGAUCAUCUUGUUCAGUUUUCGAAAGUUGAUGAUGAAAAUGGUGCAGCAAGUAGAAGAGGAAAAGGAAAGGAUGUGAUGUAGGCGAGGUCUGUGAAAACACUUCAGAGUACGAGAUUCUCUAUUGAUGAGAAGUUGGAACAGAGCUUCAUCAAUCUGUUUAGUAGGAAACCCCCUACUACAUCAGGGAAUAGUGCGAAGGAUAAUAUGUUAAACCAUUUGGAAGUACUACCAGUGAAAUGCAAAGUGAUCAAGGACAGACUGGCAUUUCAGAUCAAAAGGAUAAUGAUCACAUGGAUGGCACUGGAGUUGCAGAGACUCUCAAAUCCUCCUGUUUCUGGUGUCCAGGAUUCUGAGGAAGAUGAUACAGAUGAUCAUUUAGCUGAUGGUUCAGAAUCAUCAGGAGACAGUGGGGAUGACCUAGAUUCAGAUAUGGAGACAGACAAUGCUUCAAAAUGGAAAGAGUCCUUGAUCCAGAGAACAUUGUUGAGACAAAAUGUCAAUCUGAUGCAACUUGUAUAUGGGCAAUCUGCAUCUAAGUCAACAACCAGCAUGCGAGAAGCUCAUGACAGUAGUGACAGUGAUGGUGGUUCUGAUGAAGAUUUCUUCAAGCCAAAAGGGGAGAGAGAAAAGAAAUUGAAUGAUAAAUUAGGUCAUGAUGACAUUAAUGCCGAAGACUGCUCUAAAUUCAUCAGUGUACAACUCAAAGACUGGUCUGAUGAAGAUCUUACCAGAAGUAUCCGUGAUCGAUUUGACGGAGACUGGUCCAAGGCUGCUAGAAGGGGUCAGGCAACAGACAAUGAUGAUGAUGGAGGAGAUGAUGAACCUGUUUAUGGCGAUUUUGAAGAUUUAGAAACUGGAGAGGUGUACAGGAAUGAGUCAGCAGAUAAUUUUUGAGGGGAAUGGAAACAUUCCCAAGAGAGAUGAUCCGGAAGUGAAAGGAGCGGAGGAUUAAGAAGCCUUGCUCUUCGUGCAAAGUUUGAUGCUCAAUAUGAUGGAUCUGAGCUGUCUGAUGAGGAAAUCCAUGAAUCAACAGAGAAGAAGUUCAACCGACAUCAAACCAAUGAUGGUGGUGGAUAUUUAGACAAAUUGAAAGAGGAGGUUGAACUCCGCAGACAAAUGAACAUAUCUGAACUAAAUGAUCUGGAUGAGGCUACUCGAAUAGAAGUUGAGGGCUUCAAAGCUGGCACUUAUUUGAGAUUAGAAAUUCAUGAUGUUCCAUAUGAGAUGAUUGAAUAUUUUGAUCCCUGCCAUCCUAUUCUUCUUGGAGGCGUUGGUCUUGGGGAGGAAAAUGUUGGAUGUAUGCAGGCUCAAUUGAAGCGCCACAGAUGGCAUAAGAAAGUACUCAAGACUAGAGACCCACUUAUUGUUUCAGUAGGUUGGAGGCGGUACCAAACAGUUCCCAUAUAUGCCAUCGAGGAUCGAAAUGGACGGUAUCGCAUGCUCAAGUAUACUCCAGAGCAUAUGCAUUGCUUUGCAAUGUUUUGGGGGCCUCUUGCACCUCCUAAAACUGGAAUACUUGCUGUUCAGAACUUGUCAAACAAUCAAGGAGCAUUUCGAAUUACAGCAACAGGCUGGGUGCAAGAGUUCAAUCAUGCUGCUCGAAUAAUGAAAAAGAUCAAACUUGCUGGUUAUCCAUGCAAAAUCUUUAAAAAGACAGCACUUAUUAAGGACAUGUUUACGUCAGAUCUGGAGAUUGCUAGGUUUGAAGGUGCAGCUGUUCGGACGGUAAGCGGGAUCAGAGGGCAGGUCAAGAAGGCUGCCAAGGCAGAAGUUGGCAAUCAGCCAAAGAGAAGGGGAGAAAAUGUGAAAGAAGGCAUUGCAAGAUGCACGUUCGAGGACAGAAUCCUGAUGAGUGAUAUUGUCUUCUUGCGCGCAUGGACUCAAGUUGACAUACCCCACUUCUAUAACCCUGUUACAACAUCUCUCCAGCCUCGUGAUCAGGUGUGGAAAGGCAUGAAAACAGUAGCUGAGCUGCGGAGAGAGAAUAACAUUCGAAUUCCACACAACAAAGACUCGGUCUACCAGCCCAUCGAGCGGAAGCCAAGAAAGUUCAAUCCAUUGGUUAUCCCGCCAAAACUGCAAGCAGCUCUUCCCUUUGCUUCAAAACCAAAGAACAUGCCUAAGCAGAACCGUCCACGUCUUGAAAACAGACGAGCUGUGGUUAUGGAACCUCAUGAGCGGAAGAUUCAUGCCCUUGUCCAACACCUCCAAGUGAUCAAAAAUGAAAAGAUGAAGAAGCGAAAACUCAAGGAGCAGGAGAAGAGGAAAGCACAUGAAGCAGAGAUGGCCAAAAAUGAGCAGUUAUCCAGAAAGCGUCAGAGAGAGGAACGCCGGGAGAGGUAUAGAGCGCAAGAUAAACAAAAGAGAAGAACCACCCGGAGAAAAUUAGCAGCUUAACAGCAAAUUUUUACUACUAAAUUUGGGCCAUGGCAAGCUCAAGUACGUCAGGUUGGCUCGAAAGCUGGCUCUUUGUUCAACAGCCAGUACAUUUUUCAACUUCCCACUUUAUGCAGGCUGCUGUGUGGACUGUGUUGGUCUGUGGGCGCCCAUCUUUCUAUAGUCCAGUAGUCUGGGGUACACUGACUGAGCUUCUUGGGAGGGUGUACGAAGAUCGGAGAUAGUUUGCUGAUCUAUCAGCUGCACUUGGUGUCUAAACAAAUUUUCAUUGAAGCAUGGAGCAUUGCAGCUUCUGGCACAAUGGUUCUUGUGUCUCUCUGCGAUGUUUAUAUGUACAUUUUGUAGGCAUCCUGUAGUUGUAAAGGUUUUGUAGUUGUGGUAUUUGCCACAUUUUGUUGAACAUAAUUGGAAUGCUCAUUGAAGGAAAAAAAAGGUCAGAUUAUAUGAUACUCUCAACCUAUAAUUGUUCAACCCUGACUAGAGUGUCAGAACAAACUGCAAAUUACCCUCAGGUCACAGUGAUGGGCUGCGGUGAACAGGUUAAAUGGUUGCUACUUUCAUAGUUACAUAGUGUAAUCUCCUUUUUUCCUUUCUGGAUAA